UUAAAAAAUUUGGGAAGAGGAAUGAACCUCCAUGAUCAUAAAAAUGUCGUCUUCUCUGAAACCCUCUUCAUCGUACACGAUCCGAAAGCGGAACCCAGAUCCGAAAACAUGCGCCCUGUUAGUGAUCGACAUGCAGAACUACUUCUCCUCGAUGGCCACUCCGAUCCUGGCGGAGGUGAACGCGAAGAUCGCCCUCUGCCGCGGCGCCUCCAUGCCCGUGAUCUUCACGCGCCACCGCCACGACCCCCGCUGCCCCGGGUCCGGCGACAACGGCAUGCUGGAGGAGUGGUGGUCGGGCGAGGUGGUGAUGGACGGGACGUGGGAGUCGGAACUGAUGGAGGGGUUGGGGCGCGUGGGGCGUGACGUGGUGGUGGAGAAGAGCACUUACAGCGCGUUCAGGAAGACGGGGUUGGAAGAGAGGCUGGUGGCGAUGGGCGUGAAGGAGGUGAUUGUGAGCGGCGUCAUGACCAACCUCUGCUGCGAGACCACUGCGCGUGAGGCCUUUGUCAGAGGCUUUAGGGUUUUCUUCUCCACCGACGCCACUGCCACCUCUGAUGCUCAUCUGCAUCAAGCCACUCUCAACAACUUGGCUUAUGGCUUUGCUUACUUGCUCGAUUGUCAGAGCCUCAAACAAGCCCUUUCUGCUCCCAACUAAUUUUCUUAUUAAGAGACACUUCUAAACUUGUAUGUAUAGAGCUCGUGUUGUAAUGUGCAGCACUUAGUUUAUCACUAUAUAUAGAGACUACGGCACUCUAUAUUGAUGCACUUAGAUUUAAAAAUGUGGAUCUUACAUUCCCUCUUCUGUGUCUGGCUAUUUAUGUGUUUUCGUGUUUGA